AUGGUCGAAUCAACAGUUUCCAACCUCGACUCUUUCGUACAACGAAAUCGGCCUUUACCAGAGCCCAAGGCCAUAUCCCAAGAAAUCCGUGAUCGCAGUUCCACAUUUGUCGCAACUAUUUUCUCUGCCGCCACACCCGAGGAAGCUAAAUCCCAUGUUCAAUAUCUUCGAAAAGUCCUGCACGCAUCGCGUCCAGCCACGCACGAGAUCUCCGCUUACCGAUGCAUGAUGCUGAAACCAGGCAAGACUGGGUUAGCAGGUCCCGAUGAUUUCGAGUUGAAAACUGGCUAUGAAGAUGACGGCGAACAGUGGGCGGGGAUCAAGGUGUUGAAAGUUAUGGAAUCUCUAGCUGUGCUUGAUGCAGUGGUGAUUUGUAGUCGCUGGUAUUUGUAUGGCGGUAUCAUGUUGGGUUCUGCCCGAUUCUCCCAUAUCGAAACCUGUGUCAUCGAGGUGUGUCGCACAUUCAAGAGCCAACAAGAGCUCGAAGAUUGCAUAGCAAUGUUGUCUACUCUAGAUGAUAUUCUCAAGCAACUUCGUGAUGAACUAGCUCUGCUCUCAGGUCCUUUAACAUCCUCGAACGACGACAGUUCACCUCACCUAAGAUUGAAACCUCCAGAUUAUACCUUGUGGACGGAGUCAGAUCUCCCUAAAGCUAAGCGUUUGGUCAUUGCUAGAGAAAAGGCAAUCGCAAGUGUCAAAAAUAUGAUUGCAAAGCGACGUAGUUCAUAG